GCCACAUCCCUGCCCCGCCGACCUUUGCGGGGAACGUGGAGGACGAGCCCUACUGCUUGCGACAUUACCGUCGCGCCCUGUUCCGACUCUAUGAGAGGAAGCUCAAAGACGCUCAGGUCCCGCCCUACCCGGACGAGACUCGAGCGGUCAAGCUGCUCGAUGGCCUACGCCUCGACGAACGAGCCACUUCGCAACUGCUCUUGGCUGCAGGCAAUCGAUACAGCUUCCAAGCGCUGGUUGAAGCGAUCCACAUCCAAUAUCCAGCGGGGCUGACGCUGACGGGGAUGUCACGACAUCCAGCCAUGCCUGCAGAUGACGAUCCGGUUGAGGAGGUCUUCAUGACUGCCGGUGAUGAAGUCCAGCAGUAUGAGGACGACCCGAACGACGACACCUUCGAUUACCAGUUCGCUGACUAUGAUGAGCAGGCUGAAGAUGCAGCCGCAGCUGAGGAGUUCGAGCCCGAUGAACUCCCUGAGUAUGAGGCCGGUGAUGACGCCGGCGAUGAACACCAGGCCAUGACGGCCACGAGCAAGCGCCUGGCUGCAACCAUGCAGUCAAGGGGCUACUACACCACCGCCAAAGACAAAGGCAAGGGCAAAGGCCAUGGGAAAGGCGCUGGCAAGGACAAGGGCUUUGGCAAGAAGGGAACUACAUUCUCUUCUUCGCCUACGACCACUUCCAAAGGAAAAGGGUCCGGCAAGUCCAAAGCCGGUUCAAAGGGUGGGAAGUCCAAAAUGAACCCCACUCAGAGGCAGCGCAUGCAGGCCAGCCUUUGUUUGGGCUGCGGAGCCUCAGACCACUGGCUUCGAGAAUGCCCACAUGUCACACAGCACCAAGCCCAUGUGUGCUCGGCUUCAUCAACCUUGGAUGGAGACGGCACGGUGGUUUGGAUGACAAGCCACAACAAGAUGCCAGGUUGGCAGCCGGAAUCACCUCCUUCCUCUUCGGCACCUUCGACCUUGAGCCGCCGAGACGAGGAAGAGCCACCGCCGCCGCCUCCAAGGCGGGAACUGCCGGCAGAGGACGCUCUGCCAUCUUGGGAUGUUUUGGUCCCUGAGGGCAUGAACCCGGACGACCAUGCCGACUACGAGGACGACAUGGCCUUUUGGAGGCAGGAGGCUGCAAGUCUCCAUACGCUCAUGGAUGAGAAUGGUAACAUCCCUGGCAUGAGAGAGCUUCCAACUUCACCAGCGAGCUCUUUUCGAACGGCUCCUGGCACUUUAGAGACUGACUUCAUUUCUUGUGCGCCAAGUCGG